UUGGGCAGCGCUGGCGGCCUGGAAGGGAUUAAGACAGUCGUGGCGACCCGGAGAGUGAGCGUGCCCCACCCAUUCCUGCAGCCCCGAAAGGAAAGGAAGAAAGGAGAGCAAAGAUGGUUCUGUGGGGCGGGAGCGCAGCUAGUGCCCGCGCGAAGUGUGGGCUGGGCGGCGUGGGAGCGUGGUUGCCGGGGGUAAAGACUUCCCUGAGCGGGAGAGCAAGGCUGGCUGGCUGGCUGGCUGGCUGGCCGGCCUGGAUGCGCGUUUCUGCGCCUGAGAGGAGAAGCGUCUGUGAGGGGGCUUGAGAGGAAGGGAGGAAAGGGGAGAUCAGAAGGAGCUUUCGAGAGGGACCGGAGGGGGGGGGGAGAAAGGAAGGAUAGUUUUGAUUUGGUUUGACUUGUAACUUCACCAACUUGGCCAGCGCUCAAAGCUGCCGAGGAAAUAACACGUACAAACAAGUUUAUGACAGAAAUUGGAAUGAACGCUCAAAUAGGUACUAAAAAUCACAACGGAAGUGUGGGAACAAAAAGAGAAAAGACAAGUGUUCUUGUGCUGUGCUUGUAACACUCCUAUCAGGUGAUCUGUGAAAAUUCACAAGCUUCCUUUUAAUUUCCUUGGCAGGGUGGGAUAUAGUUUAACAUUUAUUCCUUUAGAAUAUUCCAGACUGAAGUAAUGGGUAUCUUUUCUGGAAUAGAACUAGUCCCGCAUUUCUCAAUCUUGGCAACUUAAAAUACUGGGUGGAAAAUUCUGGUAAUUGAAGUCUGCCUGUCUUAAAGUCAUUGAAGCUGAGAAAGUCUGACUUAGUCUCAAGAUCCAGUCCUCCUGAAUAAAAAGAUGGUCAAGCUAUAACAAAUCUGUGCGCAAAGGUAUUCAUGAUGUGUGUGUGCAGGGCUUUUUUUUUCUCAUAGAACGCCCAGAAUGGAGUUCUGGCACCUUUUUUGGAUGGAACCUUGUAGGGUAGGCAAGGCGGGUUGUAUGAUGUGUGUGAGGUCCGGCACCUAUUUUUUAAAGAAAAAAAGCACUGUGUGUGUGUGUGUUUGUGUAAGAAAAGUCAAAAUGAUGACCACAAUGAUGCAAUCAAAACCCUUUUGUUCACACCUAGUGUGAUUGUGGCUGCCACUAUGAGUUGGGGCAUGCCAAGGUCAAUUUUGGUCCACAGGAAUGAGGUUCCUCUUUCUUGGCCGGUAGGAAUGCAAGGUUGAACACAACUGAUAGCAAGUGCUAAGACGAGUCUUUGGAAAAGGAAUGCCUUCGUUUCCUCCAAAGUUUUACCUUGCAAUGACAAAGUCAAUGGCUGAUGAAAGGAGAACGCAGCUAGAACAAUAUCUACAGAAUGUUUCCGUUGACCCAAGUGUUACAAACAGCGAUGUCUUUAUUAGUUUCUUUAGGAAAUUACAGCAGGAAACAUUUAAAAUCCAAACCCAACAAGCUUUUUUGGAUGUUUAUCUUCCUGAUGGAAGGUAUCUCAGGAUUGAUAUUCAGACAUCAGACACUGCUGAAAGAGUGCUAGAGGUGAUAUCAUACAAGAUUGAACUUUCUAGGGAGCUAAUACAAUACUUCAGCUUAUUUCUUAUUCAAGAUCACAACAAUGGACAAAUAUCCAUGUUGAAAAAACUAGCAGAAUUUGAACUUCCUUAUGUGAGUCUCCGGAGUGCAAAAGAAUCGGCUUGUAAGAUUGGGAUCAGAAAAUGGUAUAUGGAUCCUUCUUUAGAUAAAGUGUUAAUGGACUGUAGAACUUCGGUGAACUUACUUUACAUGCAGGUUGUACAGGAGCUAGAGAUGAAUUGGGUCAAACCUAAAGAGGAACAGAAGCAAAAGCUUCUAAUGCUGCAAAAGGCACCAAAUAAAUUGAAGUUUUUAGAGCUGGUUCGAGAGAUCCAGCAUUAUGGAUAUAUACAACUUGCUCCUUGUUCCUGUGACUACCCUGAAGUUGGUUGUACUGCCACUAUUCAUGUGGGAAAUAAUGAAAUUAGCUGCUGCAUAAAGUUGCCUAGCAAUCAGAUCAAAGAAGUCAAUUUCAAGAUCAACAGGAUAAGGUGCUGGCAGGUCACAUUUCUUGGAUCAGUUUUAGGCCACGGACUUGAUCAAUUCUUGGAACUCAGAAUUGAGUACAAUGAAUCCGAUAAGUGGAGAUGGAUUGUCUUCAAUACAAAACAGGCAUUUCUUCUAAGCAGUUGCUUAAAAAAGAUAAUAUCAGAGCAGCUGAUGACAACAACCAAGAAUGAUCAAGAGAUGCAGAUUGAGCAUCCAGAAUUAGAUACAGCUAAGAAAGUAAGCAUCCGCCCAAGUCAGAUAUUUCAUUCUGGUUUUAAGUCAAGAAAAUGGCUACAGAGUAGUAGAUCAAAUGAGGAUGACUGUGUAUUUGAGAAGAUAAGCGAAGAAGAUUUGUGAUUGACACUGAUACAAAGAAUAUUCAUUCUUGCUGGUUUUAAAAUAUCACUUAGCCAGGAUCCUUACUAGCAACUUGCAUCAUUUAGGGUCCCAGCCAUUACAGGUAGUCCUUGACUUGUGACCACAAUUGAGCCCAAAAUUUAUGCUGUUAAGUGAGACAUUUGUGAAGUGAUUUUGCCCCACUUAUGACCUUUAUUGCCACAGUUGUUAAGUGAAUCA